GUUGAAUUUGUUGUUUCUUCCAGCACAACUCUUUUAAAAAAAAUUCCUCAAGAGGAGUGUGGUCAAAGUGCAUUCCCUCCACGAUGGGCUUGGAGUGGGGGGUUUGAUAGCCUGAGUGAAAGCGAGCGAUGAGUCGAGUCGAGUCAGAGUCGAGUCCUGAGUCGUAGAGAAAACCAAAAGGGUUAGAGCUUAUAAUCGAUCACGUUCGGGAACUAUCUUUCAAAGUUUAGUAUGGCGGUAACCUCGGCACCGCAGAUUUUGUACUGAAGGCUACAUGAAGACGCUUGAAAACUCAUGGUCGGUCUCUUCCUUCAUCAAGCUUCGACAACAAGCAAGCACCCUCGACGGCCAACACAACGUUGAUUGAGUUUCAGUGGGCACCAUGAAGACCCUUCUAGCAACGCGUUCAAUUGAGAUCCCCGAUGGCGUGGAAGUCGAGAUCAAGUCUCGCGUCGUCAAGGUGACGGGCAAGAAGGGAACUCUGACAAGAGACUUCAAGCACAUUGACAUGGACUUGAUGCUUGGCGAAACCGAGCCCGAUGAGGAAACUGGUGCCACCAAGAAGGUUGUCAGACUCGAUUUGUGGUUUGCCGCAAGAAAGCAACUGGCCUGCGUUCGAACUGUCUGCAGCCACAUUGAGAACAUGUUCGUGGGUGUUCAGCGUGGAUUCUGCUACAAGAUGCGUUUUGUCUACAGCCAUUUCCCCAUCAAUGUCACCACUGUGGGAUCCACUGUCGAAAUCCGUAACUUUUUGGGUGAACGUCGUGUUCGAAAGAUCAAGCUCUUGGAAGGAGUCAACUACGUGCGAACAGCCGAUGUCAAGGACCAAAUCGAGCUCUCUGGAAUUGAUAUUACCAAGGUCAGUAUCUGUGCUGCCAAAAUUCAACAAGCCACCAACAUCCGCAAGAAGGAUUUACGUAAGUUUUUGGAUGGUAUCUACGUGAGCGAGAAGGGAGCUAUCCCUGAGGAAGGUUAAGCAAGAGUCUAUCUACUAGCAUAGAAUGAGUCCUUUGGCAUCUGUUGUACUUGUUAUGUUACAUAUAUGUAGUUGAUAGUACAAUUAGUUUGGAAUCUGGAUGCGCGUACACCGCCAGUCACUUAAUUUGCCUGUUUCACGCG